GGCCUUGUACUUUCAAUCCUCCUGACUAAUAAUUUGCUUAUAUUUAUUGAUUUGUGCAAAACACACACAACUGAGAUAGAAAGGGUUGUAGGGAGCUGUAACCAGACGGUAGCACUGGCUGUAUUGGGAUAUAUAUUGGGUAAGGCCGGAGAUUAUAUCGGUCUCCUCAGGACUGCACUUUGUAACGGCGGGAAUCGGAGAGCAACCCGAAGCCGAUGUUGCCAUGGUGAGGGGGCGUGUUCCACAUGAGCCGAUUCCCUUGCGGCCACUCAGCGCCGCGAACCACAGGGCGGGUUAUACCUAUCCUGACUAUCCCCUCCUGGGCUGGCAGCCAGUGACGAGCGUGAGAGGGAAUUCCUCGAAACAGGAGACAUGAUGGCAGAGUCCCCGCAGCCUCCAGCCUUGAUCAGCUCCGUUACCGUGUACUCGUUGGCUGCGUGUGCCGCUCAGCUGCUGCUCGGCUAUUGCCUGGCCCGACGCCUGGGAAGCAAGUGUUCGGCCACUGACAGAUGGGUGCUCGUCUGGCUCUUUUAUGAUGCCAUUGUGCAUUUCACCCUUGAGGGUCCCUUUGUUUAUUUCUCCUUAACAGGGACCGUGGCAUCGUCUGACAAUAUCCUGGCCUCUUUAUGGAAAGAAUAUGGCAAAGCAGACACCCGCUGGCUCCAUUCUGAUCCAACAAUUGUAUCCCUUGAAAUCCUCACUGUUGUUUUGGAUGGACUUCUAGCCUUGCUUCUCAUUUAUGCCAUUAUCAAGGAUAAAUACUACAGGCACUUCAUUCAGAUUACUCUGUGCGUGUGUGAGUUAUAUGGCGGAUGGAUGACCUUUUGUCCAGAUUUGCUAAUCGGAAGCCCCAGCCUCAACACCUCCAACUGGCUUUAUCUCUGGGUCUACUUAGUGUUCUUUAAUGGCAUUUGGGUUUUGAUACCUGGACUCUUACUCUGGCAGUCUUGGCUGGAAUUGAAAGGGAUGCAUUCAAACAAACGAGGCGCAGGAAAAAAGUCACGGUGAAGGGAACCAUUUAUUUUCGUAUAUGGAUUCAAUCCCUAAUUGGACCAAAAGAAUAUCCCACUGAAAUUCUAUUUGAUCAUGUCUAAUGAUGGAGUGCUGUCCAGCCUAUUUUUAUUUAGCCAGUUGAGUUUCUGCUAUAGCAUGUCGUUUUGGGCUGAAUUAUAUGCCACGCAAAAAAGUCUGUGAGCCGUAGGCAGGUCAGUCAGAUGCCAUAACCAUAACCUGCUUCAAUCACCUCCUAUUACAGCAAUUCUUAAAAGAAAAUGCAGGAUUCCCCAGGGAUUCUCUCUCUCUCCUGCAGAUGUGCAUUAUUUUUUAGGAAUCACAUAUUUUCAUGGGGUUGAUUCAUAUACACAUGACUCUGUUUAUCCUGGCACUGCUGUGGUGGCCAUUUUGAAGUCAGAAAGUAAUGUUUUCUCCUACUGAGACAAACUGCUUCUCAUCGGACUGGACUAAAGACACGGUAUGAAACUGAAAACCAUAAAAUGAACAAUGAAA